AUCUUUAACAAUUCAUUGAAAGAGAUGGCUCUUCGGUGGCUUUUGGGCAGUGUCGCUGCUGGUUUGUUUGUUUUGUCGGCUGAGGCAAAGAUUCACGGUUCAAGCACUGAAGCUCGUGGUCUUCACCGUCUUUCCAAGAGAGCUGACGAUGGACCACGUGCCGUCAACAUCUCGGUGCCUGUCGAUCAUUUCCACAAUGACACCCUCUACGAGCCUCACUCUGAUGAAAAGUUUCCUCUGAGAUACUGGUUCGAUGCGCAGUUCUACAAGGAAGGCGGUCCCGUCAUCAUCCUCGCGUCCGGCGAGACGAGCGGGGAAGAUAGGCUGCCUUUCCUGGAUCAUGGCAUUCUCAAGAUGUUGGCCGAAGCGACGAAUGGCAUUGGAGUCAUUCUCGAGCAUCGAUACUACGGUACCAGUUUCCCCGUACCUGAUCUCAAGACGAAGAAUCUGCGCUUUCUUUCGACGGAGCAAGCCCUCGCCGACACGGCGUAUUUCGCAGAGAAUGUCAAGUUCCCUGGACUCGAGGAGCGAAACCUUACGGCAGCUUCGACACCGUACAUCAUCUACGGAGGAUCCUACGCCGGCGCUUUCGCUGCUUUCGCGAGAAAGAUUUACCCCGACAUUUUCUGGGGUGGCAUUUCCUCUUCCGGCGUCACCGAAGCCAUCACCGACUACUGGGAGUACUUUGAGGCAGCACGCCUCUUUGCGCCCGGCGACUGCGCUAGCACCACCCAGAAGCUGACACGAGUCGUCGACAAGAUCCUUCUCGGAAAGGACAAGGAGGAAAAAAAGAAGCUCAAGAUUGCGUUUGGCCUUCAGGAACUCAAAGAUGAUGACUUUGCCAUGGCCAUUAGCCGUGGUAUUGGCGGUUUGCAAUCCAACAACUGGGAUCCCGAGGAGGAUGCGCCUGACUUUGGAAUCUACUGCGGAAGUGUUUCUUCGGACAGUCUUCUCUAUGCCAGCACCCGCCAUCUCAUUCCCACUGUCCAGAAAUGGGUCUCAACCUGCGGGUAUCAAGCCGAGGCAAAAAGUCUUACCAUUCGCUUCCUCAACUACAUUGGUUACAUCAGAUCAGCCGUCAACACGGAUCUUCAAGGUGGAUGCCAGGAUAAGACCGUCAAUGAGUGCUACUCGAUCCGAGGUUCGAUCAACGAGACUGGUUUGAACCAAGGAAUGAUGCGAAGCUGGACCUACCAGACAUGCACUCAAUGGGGAUACUUCCAGACAGGAUCAGGCACGCCAAAGGACCAGCUGCCUCUCGUCUCUCGCCUUAUUGACCUCGAAUACACAACCAUCCCCUGCCGUGAAGCCUUCAACAUCACCACUCCACCAAACAUCGACUCCAUCAACAAACUCGGCGGUGUCAACUUCAGCUUCCCCCGCGUCGCCUUCAUCGACGGAGAAGCAGACCCCUGGCGAGCCGCCACGCCACACCGCAUCGGCGUUCCUGAGAGAGAAUCGACAGUCAGCGAGCCUUUUAUCCUCAUCGAGCAUGGUGUUCAUCAUUGGGACGAGAACGGGCUUGACCCGAAGAGCGAGGCUUUUGACUUGCCUCCUCCUGCUGUUGCAAAGGCUCAGAAGGAGAUUGUUGAUUUUACAAAGGCUUGGUUGGAGGAGUGGGCUGCUGAGAAGAAGGCUGGGAAUGAUCUCUAG